AUGGCAGCCUACAACAGGAAGUCAACUUCGUCGGGCAGUGGAAGCCCUCACGGCCGCGAUCCUGAAUACACUGGAGGAAAGACUGAGUACCAGGCUGGAGAAGGCGAGAUUCCAGCUGUUUCAGCAGAUGGAGCAGUCCACUAUGAAGACAAUCAACAUCUUCGCCGUGGUCUCAAGUCCCGUCACAUCACUAUGAUUGCCAUCGGUGGUGCUAUCGGAACUGGUCUCAUUCUCGGAACUGGCAAGGCUUUGGCUACUUCAGGACCUGCUUCAAUCUUGAUCUCGUACACUCUCGUCGGUCUUCUCGUCUACGUCGUCAUGUGCGGCCUUGGUGAAAUGGCUGCUUGGCUUCCCCACGGUGCUGGUUUUGCCGGCUAUGCUACUCGAUUCUGCGACCCUGCCCUUGGUUUCGCCGUCGGCUAUACGUAUUGGUUCAAGUACAUCAUUGUCACGCCUAAUCAGCUCACUGCGGCUGCACUUGUUCUACAGGAGUGGAAAACUCCAGAUCAAGUGAAUCCUGGUGUUUUCAUCGCCGUCUUUAUGGUCACCAUCAUCUGUAUCAACUACUUCGGUGUCAAGUUCUUCGGAGAAUUCGAGUUCUGGCUUAGCAGCAUCAAAGUCGUGACCAUUGUUGGUGUCAUCAUUCUGUCCUUCGCUCUCGCAGUCGGUGCCUCUGGUGAAGCCACUGGUUUCAAGUACUGGAAGAGCCCUGGUGCCUUCAAGGCGACCUAUGCCAAAGGUGAUCUUGGUAAAUUCCUCGGCUUCUGGGCAUCUCUUAUCAACGCCGUCUUCGCCUAUCUCGGUACUGAGCUUGUCGGUGUGACUGUCGGAGAAGCGCAGAAUCCCCGCAAGACCAUCCCCCGUGCCAUUAAGCUUACGUUCUACCGAAUCCUCUUCUUCUACUGCCUCAGUGUCUUCUUCUUGGGCAUGUUGGUCCCAUACAAUGACCCGAAGCUUUUGGAGGCCAACACCAAGGGUACUAAGGCGUCUGCCUCUCCCUUCGUCGUUGCGAUCAAGAACGGAAACAUCCCCCACUUGCCCGGAAUUCUCAAUGCCUGCAUUCUGCUCUUCGUGUUCAGUGCCGCCAACUCUGAUUUGUACAUUGCCUCCCGGACCAUAUACGGUUUGGCAAAGUCUGGUCACGCUCCCCGCAUCUUGACAUACACCGACAAGCGCGGUGUCCCCGUCACUGCUCUCGGUGUCUCAGCCUUGUUCUGUCUCCUUGCCUUCCUCAACGUCGCCAAGUCCUCCGCUGAGGUUUUCACCUACUUCACCAAUUUGGUUACCAUCUUUGGUCUGCUUACCUGGAUCUCCAUCUUGGUCACUCACAUCUACUUCGUCAAGGCACGCAGAGCGCAAGGCAUUACCGAUGAUCAAAUGCCUUAUGUUGCUCCAUUUGGUUUGAUUGGUUCCUACAUCGCCUUGGCCUUCAGCAUCUUGAUCGCUUUCACGAAGAACUUCACAGUCUUCAUUCAUGACAAGAAGUAUGGCAACUUCGACUACAAGAACUUCAUCACAGGUUAUCUCGGUAUUCCGCUCUACAUCAUCAUGAUCUUCGGAUACAAGUUCUACACCAAGGAGCCAGGUAUCAAGCCCCACGAAGCUGACUUCUACACGGGCAAGGACGAGAUCGAUCGCGAAGAGGCUGCAUUCCUGGCCUUCAAGGAGUCCCAGGGUAAGGAUGCCAACAAGGGCAACUGGUUCUACAGGAAGUUCAUUUCUUGGCUUUUUUAA